AUGUCGGGUCGCGUACCCCUUGGCCAACCAGCCAAUCAACAGGCAGUCAUUGAUCUGACUGGCGACAGCGAAAUGGAAACAGAAAACAUUGCACCUGGCACAAAUGCUACCAACCGGUCCAAGGAUCCUCACGAUGCUAUCACUAAAGCACGUUUUGGUCCCGGUUUCACUCACCAGAUGCUACUGGGCGGAGUGGACGCGAAAUCAUUCCGGACAACAAAGAGAAAGAGUGUAGCAAGCUCUGAUCAGUCUGAUGGUUCUGACAGUGAUGCUCCACAUAAAUUUGCACGUCGAGCAACUCCCGUAUCCCAUGCUCAUCUCGCAACCUCAACCCCUCCGCCUACACUCCAGUCACAGUCGCAAUUCAGUGUGGUGAUUCCUUCACCAACUUCAUACCAAAAGCGUUUGAACGUUGUUGCGCAGCGAAAUGCAAUCAAAGGCACAAACGAGCAGAUUUUUCCUACAGACGCCGAAGAACGAAGAGUCGCUCGGGCAGCAUACCCGAAGUCGCGGGCACCCAUCGACCGCCGUUCGACCCCAUUGUCCUUCACUUCCAAAACAAACAAGCCCCUUAACCUUUCACCCGUUUCUUCGAAGCAGCACAUUGUUGAUAUCCGUGCCAAUCUUGACAAGAAGCUCAGCCAAAUUAAUGGGCCCCCGGUCAGCACUGCUGUGCAAAGCACUAAACUUCUUGCCAAAUUGGCAGAUAAUUUCGAAUUUACCAAUGACUACAUCGACCGCCCCGGUGUCUUUCGGGUGCAACAGGAAUACAACUAUGGCUGCUCCUGCGAUGAGGGCAAUUGUUCCAUUUCCUCGUGCGACUGCCUAGACCAAGAAAAGGACAGCGAAGACCGAAUUGUCCCUUAUGGGAAUUCUAAUGACAGACCCGGUCUCAUUGUGGCAUCCCAGAAGUUCCUUGUACGUAAAGCUAUGAUUAUGGAAUGCAACUCUCUCUGUAGCUGCAAUGGUGAUUGCUGGAAUCACGUUGUCCAGAAAGGAAGAACUGUUCGGCUACAGAUUUUUGAUGCCGGACAACGCGGCUUUGGCCUCCGUUCACCUGACCCGAUUGUUACCGGACAGUUCAUCGAUCGUUACCUUGGCGAAGUCAUUACUAAGAAUGAGGCCGAUGACCGCGAGAGUCUUACCGAAGGAUCCCACAACCAGUCAUACCUCUUCUCGUUGGAUUGGUAUGUCGACGACGACGAUAGCGAGGAGCAAAUGUGUGUCAUCGAUGGACGCAAAUUCGGAUCAGUCACCCGCUUCAUCAACCACUCAUGCAACCCGAAUUGCAAGAUUGUUCCCGUACAGACCACUUCUCAUGCCGAUACCAAAGUUUACACCCUUGCCUUCUUCGCCCUUCGUGACAUCCCCGCUGGCACCGAAUUGACUUUCGAUUACAACCCGACCAAUGAGGACAGCGACGACAGCGACGAGAGCGACUACGAUUCAAAGAGCCGAAAGAAAUUAGACCCGGAAGCAGUCCGAUGCCUCUGCGGCGAACCCAACUGCCGCGGCCAACUCUGGCCCAACCAACGCAAAGGCCAGAACACCAAGUCUUAA